ACGCACUUGCAAGUACGUAGCAACACAAGCUUAGCCAUGACGAUGAGGAAGCACCCCUCCGCGUCCUCUCUUCUUGUAGCACCGCUGCUGCUUAUGCUUCUUCCAGCGUUUGCUCUUGCUGCGGGGAGGCACAACUUAAUCACUAGAGACCCUCAAUACAGCCCACAGGCGAACCCAAAUCCAGAACCACUACCAGGAAAACAGCCAGAUCCAAACCCUCAACCAUUACCAGACCCACAACCACUGCCGGGACCACGACCAGACCCAAACCCGCAACCACUACCCGAGCCUAAACCCAACCCACAACCACUGCCAGAGCCACAACCUGAUCCAAACGCUCAACCAUUACCAGGACCGCAUCCUGACCCAAAUCCACAACCACUGCCAGAGCUACAACCUGAUCCGAACGCUCAACCAUUACCAGGACCGCAUCCUGACCCAAAUCCACAACCAUUGUCAGGCCAAAUCCCGCAACCGUUGAUGGGCCCACAGUCAAGCCCGAACCGGCAGCCACGACCAGACCCACGGUCAAAUGAAUACCCUCAUCCAUUAGCAGGAUCACAGCCUGUUCCCAAUCCACAACCAUUACCAGACCCAAACCCGAAACCAUUGCCGAACCAACAGCCAAACCCAAACCCUCGGCCAUUACCAGGACCGCAGCCUAAUCCAAACCCACAACCAUUACCAGACCCAAACACAAAACCAUUGCCGAACCCACAGCCAAACCCAAAUCCCCAGCCAUUACCAGGACCGCAGCCUGAUCCAAACCCACAACCAUUACCAGACCCAAACCCGAAACCAUUGCCGAACCCACAGCCAAACCCAAACCCUCAACCAUUACCAAGACCGCAGCCUGAUCCAAACCCGAAACCAUUGCCGGACCCACAGCCAAACCCAAACCCUCAGCCAUUACCAGGACCGCAGCCUGAUCCAAACCCACAACCAUUACCAGACCCAAACCCGAAACCAUUGCCGGACCCACAGCCAAACCCAAACCCUCAGCCAUUACCAGGACCGCAGCCUGAUCCAAACCCACAACCAUUACCAGACCCAAACCCACAACCACUGCCAGGCCCACAGCCGGACCCGAAUGCACAACCAAAACCACCACUUGGGACACAAGCAAAAAAGGAAAAUGUGGAAGCAAACAUCAUCCUAGAGGAGCCGCUAGGAUGAGAUGUUCGUGUACUACAACCGCGCCAGAUAUAGUACACUCUCAUGACUUAUAUUGCCAGCUGGAUUAAAUAAGUGGCGUGUUGUACCCACCACCAUCAAGUCAUUCCAUGCUAUAUAAUGUCAAGAUCAAUCAAGAUUAGGGUAUGAUGCCCAUGUAAAUCUUGUGGUUCUCCUGACUUACUUUUCUAGCUUCUAUGGAGGAUAAGUAUGUGUGUGCUGGUUGUACUAUGAUUGUGUAAUGAUAUAUAUUAAAAUUUCUACUUUGUA